AUGCCGUCAAUCGAGGUCGGCACCGUCGGCGGUGGCACCAGCCUGCCAGCACAGGCGGCGUGCCUGGACGUUGUGGGCUGCCGAGGGGCGACUCAGGCGCCUGGCCGGCCCGGGGAAAACGCUCAGCAAAUGGCGAAGGUUGUGGCCGGCGCUACCCUCGCGGGAGAGCUGUCCCUGGUGGCUGCCUUGGCAUCCAACCAGCUCGUGCGUGCCCACAUGCAGCACAACCGCAAGCCGCAGGCCCCGUCAUCAACAUGACCGCCUUCGUAGUUAUCCGCCCGCGGUGCAUACGAGUGCCGACCCCGACACUAGCAGUAAAAGCCUCGUGAUUUUGACGGCCCUCCCAUCCUUCUUGCGAGGAGUUUGGUUCCGGAGGCGUGUUUUGUGUUGGCUGCGGUAGAUUUUCAACAACGUAGACGAUGUUGGCAUGGCCGUGGUGUAGACGAGUCGUGACUGCAGAACGUUGUUGGGCGUGGUUGGGAGCUGCAACAGCGUCAGGCGUCGGCGGCGGGUUAGGCUCUUAGCUGCCUGUCUUCGGUGUCUCGCCCCUCUUGGGGUGAGGGUAGGGGAGGGAAUGGGAGAGUCGGUGGGUGGUUCUUUGCAACUGUAGAAAGUUUCGCCGCGUGUAACGGGCGUUGGUUCCGAGUGCUGUUCGUCUCUGUUGUAUCAACAAUAGUUUUUUACGCUCCGGUAUCGGAAGGGGGUCGAUCGCCUCAUCGUGUGUGGUGGACGAUGUCGGCCAUCUGGUUGUGCGGGGGAUGCCGUCGUUUCAACAGCGAAACAUUUUCGCUGCGCUUGAACAACGCCGUAACACACGGGUGUCGAGUGGUGACCGACCAUGGCUUACUGCCAAGGGACCGCGGUUCGGCAUCGCGGAAGGCACAUACCACAGAUUUCCUGCGGGAAGUUUCGGGGUCCGCGGGCAAUCACAUUCGUGUGUUUGGUCCCACUGUCCCACUCUCUUGGUCUCUAGUCUAUCCCCCUUGACAUACCGGCUGAGGCCCUCUGUGUUCAACUUCUGCGAAUCAAGUGUUUGGGGGGUGGGGG